UAUAAUUAUAGCACUGUACCAUCAUCAAUGACGUGUCUUAGGCUUAAAUACCGUGGAAAAUUGGCAGGCUCCGCGCUGCAAAAAAGCUCCUCGCCUUAAAUUCACCAAAGUUGACACGUGUCUUUCACUGUCCUCUCUCUCUCUCACCCCACUCCCUUUCCACACACCCCGCAACCUGAAGAUGCAGAUUAGAAGGAAGGCGGCAAAAAAUAAAAAAAUAAACAAAGAAAGAAAAAUAAACACUUUCAGUCAACCUUUGCAUUAAACCAACGAACCAAGCUUCCGGUCUCUCUCCCUCUCUGACUCUUAAAGAUUCAUAAGCCCAAUAUUUUUUUACUCCUCAAAGAGACUCCAUGAUCAUUCUCAUCAUGAUGAUGAUUCCACCGUCGUCUUCUCCUUCUUCUUCGGUUCCCUCUCAGCCACCCCGUCUUCACUUUCACCAUUGGGCCCCAUCUCCGGCCCCUUCUCCGGCCACCCCUGCCCCGACACUCCUUCCUGUUCCUGUCAGCAAAACAUCGCCUCUGCCCUCAAAGUUGCCGGUUGACUUCAGUCCGCCUCUGAUUGCAAUGGUUGUCGUCGUUGCCACCGCCUUUAUCGUCGUCACCUACUCCCGCCUCAUCUCCCGCCACCUCAUGCCUCCGAUAAUCCGCCUAGCUCGCCGGUGGCGACGCCGUAGGCGACGCUCCUAUCUCCCAUCCUCCUCCGGCGACCUCGACUCGCUCCCUUAUGAUUCUCCUUUCGAGGCAAUCGAUGGACCUCACUUGUUCUCGCCUUAUGGCCUCGACGAGUCCAUCAUCAAGACCAUACCGUUUUCCCUCUACACUGCCAAAUCCAAUGAUCAAUUCGAAGAGUCUCGACGCGAUUGCGCGGUCUGUUUGUUGGAGUUCGAAGAUGAUGAGUACGUCCGCACGCUGCCGUUUUGCUCACACACGUUUCACGUGGAUUGCAUCGACGUUUGGCUCAGGUCCCACGCAAAUUGCCCCCUCUGCCGUGCCGGAGUUUUGUGCGCGGAGUCGCCGUUCACGCCAAUGAUGGCGGCGAGGAUUCGGCCAAGCCUCGACGACGACACGAUUUUGCAUAGAAUCAGUAUGGACCCUCUGGCCGAAGCUCCCUCGCCCGUGGCUCAUUCUCUGGUCUCGGAGAUCACUCCUUGCAAUGAAGAGCAAUCCCCGAGAAGGAAUACGGAGGACGAUCGAUUCAACGGCGGUCGUGAUUUUCUCCUGAAGCGAUCCUACUCGUUCGGAUUCGAGCGGAGCUUGGCGUCGGAGAGAAUGGUGAUGGAGCCGGCGACGGCGUCACCGUGGCGGUACCACCGGAGGGGAAGCAGCAGCAGCUUCUGGACCAAAAGACCAUCACCGUUCGGGUCGCUGGGAAAGCCGAGAGUGUUCUCGUUCAGAUACUACAGAGGGAUGAAGUCGCCGUUCUUCCGUAGACGAGGGUUCUUCCCCCUGUCAGAAUCAAGCAUGAGGUCAUACAACGGAGGAGGGAGCUCGUCCCGGCGAAGCAAGUCAAUAGCAAGCCCGAUGUUCCUGAGGUCGUCGGCGGCGAUGGCAGCGGUGGGAGCGGCAGCUUUCUCGUCUAGCCGGCUAAGGUGCGGCGACCCGGAAGCAUUACUGUCACCGGAGAGAUACAACAGGAGAUAAAAGAAGAAAAAGCAAUAGGUGGGGAUUACUAAUUCUUUUUGUUGGGGGGAAAAGGGAUACGUGGAAGAAGAUGAUUGGUGAAAAGACGGUCGGAGAUGGCGACGGAGAGG